AUGAGCUCUGCUAUAGUUGUUUCUAAUUUCGAUUGCUCAACAGAUUUGUACAAACAGAUUUCUGAUAUAACGAAGGCAGAUUCGGAGAAAUUCAGGUUCAUUUUUGAUGAAGUUGAAUGUCUGCAUCAACUGGUUCAGAAGCCCAGGGAGCAAGUUGCUGAUGCAGAAGCGUUACUGGACAUCACUAACACACUCAUGACUUCUGUCAAACCACAAAGUAAUGAAGGAGUGACUCCAUCUGACUUUGUAUCUUGUAUACUAAAGAAUUUUGGUAGAAUUGGCAGUGGAAGUGAUGGUGCUGAUGAAAUUAGGAACUCUGUUAGGUGGAAAGACAUUGGUAUUGCAGUGUCUCAUGUUUUUCUCAAGACUGAUGGAUGCUGCACAAUGAUUGGGCCAAUGAACUCUAAAAUCAAGCAACGAAAGGUUGUAGAGCAAAGAAAACGUGCAAGAUUAACUGAAAAAGCUCGCCCUGAAGAGAAGAGAAAACUGACACUGAUAAGAACAUGUCAAACCAUGUUUGAUGUGUUGAGAAGGAACAGAACUGUAAAGCUUGAAACUUUAGUCCUGAAUAGAACAUCAUUUGCACAAACCGUUGAAAAUCUUUUUGCCUUGUCCUUUCUUGUUAAAGAUGGUCGUGCAGAAAUCAAAGUCAAUGAUAAAGGAGAGCAUCUAGUUUCACCAAGGAAUGCUCCAGCUGCUAAUGCAGUUGCUUCUAAAGAGGUUUCUUACACUCAUUUCCUCUUCAGAUUUGAUUUCAAAGACUGGAAGGCUGGAGUAAUGAAGCUUUGA